GACCGGCGGCCGGGGCGAGAGCGCGCCCAGCCCGCCGAGAUGCCCGCGCGCGCCGGACGCCUCCUCCCGCCGCGGCCUCGGGCCCUGGCCCCUGCCAUGCCGCCGCCGCCGCCGCUGCUGUUGCUGCUGCUGCUGCUGCUGCUGGACGCCGGCGGCGGGCGGGGGGGCGCCCGGGCCCAGGAGCCGGGGGCGGCGGCGGCGGCGGACGGGACCCCCGCGGCCGGAGGUGGGGACGGGCAGGACCCGCACGCCAAGCACCUGUACACGGCCGACAUGUUCGCGCACGGCAUCCAGAGCGCCGCGCACUUCGUCAUGUUCUUCGCGCCCUGGUGUGGACACUGCCAGCGGCUGCAGCCAACCUGGAACGACCUGGGAGACAAGUAUAACAGCAUGGAGGAUGCCAAGGUGUACGUGGCCAAGGUGGACUGCACGGCUGACUCGGAGGUGUGCUCCGCCCAGGGCGUGCGCGGGUACCCCACCUUGAAGUUCUUCAAGCCUGGCCAAGAAGCUGUGAAGUACCAGGGUCCCCGGGAUUUCCAGGCCCUGGAGAAAUGGAUGCUGCAGACACUGAGCGAGGAGCCCCCCACUCCAGAGCCCGCGGUGGAGCCGCCCCGCACCCCCGAGCUCAAGCAGGGACUGUAUGAGCUCUCAGCCGGCAACUUCGAGCUGCACGUGGCUCAAGGAGACCACUUCAUCAAGUUCUUUGCCCCGUGGUGUGGUCACUGCAAAGCUCUGGCUCCGACCUGGGAGCAGCUGGCUCUGGGCCUUGAACAUUCCGAAACUGUCAAGAUUGGCAAGGUGGACUGCACGCAGCACUAUGAACUCUGCUCAGGAAACCAGGUCCGAGGUUAUCCUACGCUCCUCUGGUUCCGAGACGGCAAAAAGGUAGACCAGUACAAGGGCAAGCGGGACCUGGACUCGCUGAGGGAAUACGUGGAGGCACAGCUGCAGAGCGCAGGGCAUGCCGCCCCGGAGCCCGCCCAGCCCUCGGAGGCCCCAGCACUGGCCGCCGAGCCCGCGGCCGACCAGGGCACCGUGUUGGCGCUGACAGAAAGGAACUUCGAGGACGCCGUCGCGGAAGGCGUAACCUUCGUCAAGUUUUACGCGCCAUGGUGCGGGCACUGCAAGGACCUGGCCCCGACCUGGGAGGACCUCUCCAAGAAGGAAUUCCCCGGCUUGGCGGAGGUCACCAUCGCCGAGGUGGACUGCACUGCCGAACGGAACCUCUGCAGCAAGUACUCGGUACGAGGCUAUCCCACACUGCUGCUGUUCCGUGGAGGAGAAAAGGUCGGCGAGCACAGCGGGAGCCGCGACCUGGAUUCCUUGCACCGCUUCGUCCUGCGUCAGGCGAAGGACGAGCUGUGAGCCCGGCGGGGCGCUGUCCCUCGGCCGCUCCCUGCUUCCCCGCAGUGGUGACUCAGAGAUCCGAAUGUACUAAACUCGUGCUGUCUUCUCUGUGUGUGUUUUUAAACCAACACACCCUACAGAUUCUUAAGUUUCUCUAAGUAAAUGUGUAACUCACGAUCCAUUUGCAAACUAAAUAUUUUCGGUGGCGACCUACCAUCCAUUCCCCCCUUUAACCUGCUCUUGGUGAAAUCGAAAUGGUUUGAGACUAAAAUAGUCGAGGAAAACCCAACUGCCAGACUACUUUUGGCUCCCAAGUGAUUCUGGUGACAGCAUCAUCCAAAGCGUUUUCAAAGGGCCCACGAGUCCUAGCAAGGCGGCCUUGCCGUGUGGCCCUGUUGAGUUGCUUUGAUCACAUGACUUGUUCAUACGUGGCUGGUCCAUAGCUUGGAGCAGAUUUAACACACAAAUCCCCGACGCCUGUGGAAGAGCCACUUUUCCAGCCCCUCCUGGACCUCCCGUCUCUGCGGGUGCCUCUCACGGAGGGUGGCGCCCAACACGUGCCUGAGUAAGGUGGUGCCGCUGCCAUAGCCUUGUGUGGGUGUUGGCACUUGACCGAUUGCUUGUUACUGUUCAAGGAAUACUUCUGUCUCUCCUGCAAGAUUUGAUUAGGGAGUGUGAAGCCAGAGUCCCUGUGAACGUCAGGAUUUGAUGUCUCUCGUGGAAACUGUGGACGUAGGAAGUGCCACAUGGCUCGUCGUGACCCUUCUAAGAACUCCUAGGAAGGUUCUGAAUGUCUCUGCCUCCCAGGAGGGGGCAGGAGGACUGCAGGAACUCUCCCAGGUCCGGUGUCAGGGACCUGGGACACCCCGCGGCCCCGCAGCUGAGCCCAGACUGGAAGCAGCAGCAGGUGGCGGCGCAUGCCCUGUUUGGUCUGCCUCCGGGAGGCCGCCCAUCUCCUGUGUGCAGAGGGGAUCGACUCAGCCUCCAGACCAAGGCAGGCAGGGUUGCAGUCGGCCACGUCCCUGGUGUCCUGAUUCACACCAUCCUGGGUUAUGAAGCCUUUAUACCGACGCCCUUGGAAAUCAGCUGCCGUAGGCCUAGGCUCCCUCAAGGUCGGUAACCUGUACGUCCUUCAGCAUCAGUCAAUCCUCGUGGUAACACCCUUCGCCCCACCGCCCUUGCUCAGGCGACGUGGCCGCUUAGAAACAAGACCCCGUCCACUGUCUGCGGCAGA